UGAGCAUUAUAAUUCUGUGCAGUCAUGGCAACAUUGGCUUUUUUUAGGUUUGGGCUUUUUGUCUGUAACACAAGCAAAUGACUAGGCCUUCCUAAAAUAUGCAGUGGCUGCCACUGAAUUACUAACAGUUGUGUAUUUGAUGAUUCUGUAAAAGAGAGCACUGGAGCAUUGCUGCAUUACUGAACAGUGCCAUUGGAUUUUUAUCUUCUGAAAUAUUGCUGGAACAAUGUUCACACAGUGUCAGGGUGUCCCUAAGAGCUGCCUGUGUUUCAUUUUAGGUUGAAUAUCCUGACAACCAGCCUGUUGUCUUGGAGUGUGGUGGAGCUUGCAUGAUCACACCUUGGCACACCUUCUCAGAAACGAUGUCAUGAGGUUCCCUUGCUGAUGCAAACUGCUUCUGGAUGCCUGUAAACGGGAGAGAAUGGAAUCCUCUGUUUGAGGGACUGUUGGAGCACUGCAGRUGUCCCUCUCAGCAGCACAUCAUGGUAGAUGUGGCAGAGAAGGAGAUGGAUAACCCCACGUUUAGAAGUGACACUGUGCUGUCUGAUGUUCACUUGCACUGUCCGAGCAAAAGGCACCUCAUGGUACGACUGAAUGCAGUUGGGCAGCCAGUAUUCCUGUCAUAUUUCAAACUCCUGUGGAGCACAGAGGAUUUGGCAUCUGGGAAACACAUGAGAGAAAUCACAACAGGAAGAGAACACCAGUGCAGAAGUGGAGAUGAGCUGUGUGACAAGGACAGGAGUAAAAUAAAAAAAGAAGGAGAAUUAAAUAACCAAGGAGCAGAAACUCUGCUAGAUGAUGAUGGAGAUUUGGAAGUGGUCAGAAGGCCUCGAAGUGCCUCUGAUUUGGAAGCAGAGGACCUUUUGAGGGAUAUAGUGUGCCCUGUAAUUCUGAUGAAAGGGAAAGAWGAUGAUUUUGAAGAUGAAGAGCAAGAGUGCACUUGCAGUGACGUUGUUAAAAUAGAGCACACUAUGGCAACCCCCUUAGAAGACGUUGGYAAACAAGUCUGGCGUGCUGCCUUCCUUCUGGCUGAUCACAUUCUGUUUAACAGGGACACGUUCAGGUGCUGCUCUGUGCUGGAGCUUGGAGGUGGCACUGGAAUUACCAGCAUUAUCAUGGGAACAGUUGCCAAGAGAGUUUAUUGCACAGAUGUUGGUGAAGAUCUUUUGGCCAUGUGUGGGCAAAACAUUGCAUUAAACAAACACCUGAUGGAGCCAGGAGGAGGGGAAGUUAAAGUGAAAGAACUGGACUGGCUGAAGGAUGAAUUCUGCACUGAUCCUGAGGCUCCUUAUAGCUGGUCUGAAGAAGAGAUUGCUGAUUUACUUGAUCACUGUUCUGUGAUAAUKGCAGCUGAUGUUUUCUAUGAUGAUGACCUGACAGAUGCCUUGUUCAGAACUCUGUAUAGAAUCACACACAACUUGAGAAAUUCUUGUACAGUUUACUUAGCACUAGAAAAGAGGCUGAACUUCACUUUAAGACAUAUGGACGUUACAUGUGAAGCCUACAGUCACUUUAGAAAUACYCUAAAUGAUUUGGAGAACCUCCAAGAUGGAAAAAUGAAAUAUACAGUGGAGCCCAUUAAACUUGAUUUCUGCCAGUUCCUUGUUUAUGAGCGAGUUGAGCAGUUGGAAUUGUGGAAGAUAGUGGCUGAGCACCUAACAUGACAGGGCCACAAGAAAAUAGAGGAUCUUAAUCUAAGAAGAAGGGCUAUUUUGCUGUUCUGAGACAAAGAAUUUCAUCCCAAGGAGAGCCUCUUCCUGGUGGAAUGUUGUUCUCAGAAAGUAUUGCAAUGCAGUUUUGCUUUACUUUUUUGGUCUGGGCACUUGGUUUCUUGGACUUGUGCACUUGGACAUGAUUUCUUUGAUGUUUUUGAGGACCUACCGGAUGCCAGGUGGUGGUAGUGACAUGGUGAAUUGCUCUUUGGGAUUGAUGACUUCAAUUUUAGAGUCUGACAAAGAAGUGUUCAGCCUUUUCCAUGUGGUUGAUUUGCAGAUGUCAUGCAUCUCCCCUUUUCAGGUUACAGAACAUGGACACAGCUCUCAGUCUAAUCCCAGUUGACAUUGUUUGAAUUUCUGGACACUUGUGAAACAGUUCUGGACAACACUUUUUUGUCUUGCAUGAAAUUGUCUUUAAGCAAGUUGUUUAUGAAACUUYUCUGUCUAGAUCACUCUAGUUUAGGGCCACUAUCUAAACUGAAAGGAGACAAGAUACAUUUUGUUUGAGCCUCUAAAAAUACUCCACAGAGGUUUUGGAGUAUAGGAGGUCAACCCUAUAUUGGAAUUUUGAGCUAUUCUGUCCUAGGCAGGUUGAGCGUGAGAAGGUACCACAUGAAGUGAGAUGCUGCAGCUCUUGAAAUACUUGGAAUUCUACCYUCAGUAUAUACAUGUAAGGCUGGGGGGAGGGAGGUAGCCAAGAAUGUCUUGCCUACACAAAUGGGGACCUUCAGUGUCUGACCUGGAUUAAAGUAAACAUAUUUAUUAAAUCUCUUCUGUGUUAUUAACAAAACUGAAAACCUGCUUGUACUUUUAUAACUGUUAUGUGCACUGUUGUGUUUAUAUCAGUUUGCCAUGUGUGCACUGCCAUGGAAAUCCGUGUGCCCACYGGAUUCCUCAGCGUUAGGAGAGUGUCAGUGAUGGAGCUGUUCCAGCCUGGGGCUCGUGGGAGUGUGCAGACAUUCAUUAGAAGCAUCUGACUGACUUCUUGAAAGCCUGUUCUGCAUUUGGUUUCAGCCAGUUAUUUCAUAACCUGCUUAUGUGUGUGAAGACCUAUUUUUUGUGKUCUUUAAUGAGAUGAAAGGUUAUUAGAUGAUAAUGGCCAUUCCCUGUGAGUAUAGUCAAAAUAAAAAUUACAUUAUGUUAGCAUAUAUCUGCCUAGAUUAAUGCAAAACUUCUCUCUUAAAACUCUCAUUUGAACUUCAAAGAUAAAAAACGGUAUUUUAAUCGAAAGAUUCCCAAAGUCGUGUUUGUUUGUUUGUUAUGUAAUGUUAACUUUGGUAGAUUUAACUGUUUUGAAUGUAGCUGCUUGUUUCAGUAGUGGUUUUUUGAAGCCUGUAGCAAGAAAUCAAUKUGAACUGAUGUGAAAUAGUGUGUGCAGUUAGGGAGGAUUUUUUUCUCACACAGGAUUUCUCAACAUCUUUGGAAUUAUCUAGAGAAACUCACCUGCAAGUCCUUCCUUUCUGUGAAGGGAGGGAAAAUAGGUACUUAAUUUAAAACAUGAAUUUUAUUUUUUUUUUAUUUCUACUCUGCUAUGGAGCUUAAAUUGGAAAGUUUUCAGUUAAAAAACUGAUUUUUCUCUUUUGCUAAAUAAAGUCAUCAGGCAGUUGGGAGCAUUUCUGGAUCUGGAUGGCGAGUCCAGUGGUCAUCCAGAUGGAUCAUUUUGUGGAGAGAGCAACACAGAGGAGGUGAAGGGGAACCUUUGCAGUGCAGUGUUCUGAUAAAAAGGAGGAGUGUCCAAAUACUCUUGGAAAUUACAGUACUGGAUAGACACGUGAGCUUCCAGGAGGAAACUGGUUUGAAACAAACUGGAUUUUCUGUCACUGGCAUAUGGWGAAACAACAAAUGCCUUUUCUCAGUUCCCAUCCCUGACCUGUUUUUAUGUCUUAAGAGAAGCAAAGGUGAUACAAUUACAGAYACUGGUCAGGAAGAGAACUUCUAUGCAACGUCUAAACAGCUCUAUUUUGGAGCCUUGCGAAAUAAUUGCAUUUAUUUAUUUUCAGUCUUUGUCRAUGUGAAACUUUUGAGAGUUGCUUUGUUGUGAACGACUGUGUGUAAUUUUGCAGUAGAAAAAAGUUGAGGGUACUCCCUUGAUGGGAUACAUUCUGUAUAUUUAUCAUUGCUGGGUGUUCUCAAGUGUAGGUGGCUAUUUGUAGGCCAUCCUUGUAGCUCCAUCUGCUGUACAACACUUUGAGUCAAAACAUUUUACAGUUUGUUAAACACCCUGUUCCUUUCUAGUUUAACAGUAUUGUAUUUUGGAGUAACAGUUUAGGUUGAGAAUGUGGUUCUGCACUUCUCACCUACACUUGCAGAUGAAGUUACUGUGGAAAUAAUCCUGAAAAAAAAAGUGAUGUUGCCUACUUUUUGACAGUAGCUUUAGGAGGCUGCCUCAGGAAACAUUCUAGGAAAAAGUGGAUGAAAAAGUGUGUGGUAGGGACUCCUCAAUCCUUAGAAGGUGAGGAUUUUAAUUGGAUCUCAAAUUUUUACAGCAUAUAACUAUUGUAAGRUUGUUCAUUAAAGUGGAUGCAGAAUCCCUGUGUCUGCAUGUUAUGACAUGGAAAGGAGGUUUGUGAYACAGGAGGUUUGUGUACUCUUACAGAUUUCAUCCUGCUGUUGUUCUACUCAUCCUGACCCUAGUUUUCUGUUGUCCUGUCCAUCUGAUCUGGAAAUCGGUGCAUUAACAAAUUAAAGGUUCCUCUUGAAAAGUAACUGCCUCUUUGUGCUGCCAGCAGUGCAGUCAGCUGUGUCAGUACAGCACUUUGCCUCAGAGAAAGUUUCUCCCAGCAGAUGGCACACAGAAUUUCUUUAGCAAUACCAGCACCUAAAAGCAGUAAGAAAAUACCUACAUAGAUAUGUGUUUGUGUGCAUGUGUGUUUGUUUACACAUUGUUUGCCCAGAACAGCCCCAUUGGUGUGAGCAAGAAGAGAUGUAAAGAAACAGCCUUAGCUUCUUAGCAAGGUCAGUGUAUUCUCCAGGYUUCUUGAACAAAUAUUCAAAGGGAGUUCUUGUCAGAUGCUGAUACAUAAGAUGUUAAUAAUAAUUUAAAAGUAACAUAACUCCUGCCUCAAAAAUGAGUAAAAAUACAUGUAAUAAAUUAGCCAAGAAAGUUAACAGGGAAUUGGA